AUGGACCAGAAAGAUUGUUUGCACCGAAAACAUUCAAUUUCAUCACCGCUGCAUCCGGAUCUCAUAACCUAUCUGAAGGAAUCGAUGGGAGAUGUAUUGACGGAUCCAUAUGUCUUCGUCAUAUUUGGCGCAUCUGGAGAUUUAGCGAAAAAAAAGAUUUAUCCGACUCUUUGGUGGCUUUUUCGCGACUCUCUUUUGCCUACAAAUAUUUCGAUCAUUGGAUUCGCCCGAUCAGAUUUAUCUGUGGACCAGCUAAGGAAAGAAUUUGAAAAAUAUUGUAAAUUACAUGAAGGUGAAUCUGAUAAAUUCAAUAUGUUUAUCAGGCGUUGUACAUAUAUUAGAGGGCGUUAUGAUGCUUCCGCAGAUUUUGUUAGGCUUCAAAAUUUCAUUGAUGGAAUUCAAGAGAAAUGUGGUGAUGCACCUGUUAAUCGGUUAUAUUAUUUGGCUCUUCCACCGUCCAUAUUUCAAGAAGUCACGACACGAAUUAAAAAGAAUUGUAUGGAUAGAGGUGAUUCUUGGACAAGAAUUAUUAUUGAAAAACCAUUUGGUCACGAUGCUGAAUCUUCUGCAAAUCUUUCGAAACAUUUAGCAAAAAUGUUCACUGAAGAUCAGAUUUAUCGCAUUGAUCAUUAUCUGGGGAAGGAAAUGGUUCAAAAUUUGAUGGUACUUAGAUUCGGUAAUCGAAUCUUCAAUCCAUCUUGGAAUCGAGAUAACAUUUCGUCUAUAAUGAUUUCAUUUAAAGAAGAUUUCGGUACUGAAGGCAGAGCUGGGUAUUUUGAUAAAAGUGGUAUUAUAAGAGAUGUAAUGCAAAAUCACUUAAUACAGAUUCUAACUUUGGUUGCUAUGGAAAAACCAGCCAGUUUAAAUGCCGAAGAUAUCCGAGAUGAAAAGGUUAAAGUAUUGAAGGCGAUUAAACCUAUCGAAUUAAGCGAAGUUGUACUUGGACAAUAUGUUAGAGAUCCCAAAGCCAAAUCUGGAGAAGCCUGUUAUGGAUAUUUUGAUGAUCCUGCUGUUCCAAAGGACUCUGUUACUCCGACUUACGCUCUAGCUGCUCUUAAAAUUGAUAAUGAACGUUGGGAUGGUGUUCCAUUUUUCUUAAGAUGUGGGAAAGCACUAAAUGAGAAAAAAGCCGAAGUGAGGAUACAAUAUAAAGCUGUUUCGGGUGAUAUAUAUUCACCUGGUGAAUUGAAGCGUACUGAAUUAGUUAUGCGUGUUCAACCCGAUGAAGCUGUCUAUAUCAAAUUGAUGACUAAAAGACCAGGAAUGGGGUUCGGAGUUGAAGAAACAGAACUUGACCUUAGUUAUAGUCAUCGUUAUAAGAACAUUCGGCUUCCCGAUGCAUAUGAAAGAUUACUUUUGGAAGUAAUCAUGGGUUCGCAGAUUAAUUUCGUUCGUACUGAUGAACUGGAUUAUUCUUGGCGAAUAUUUACUCCUCUACUGCAGAAAAUUGAACGUGAAAGAAUCAAGCCAAUAGAAUAUGAAUUCGGAAGCCGAGGACCGAAAGAAGCUGAUGAAUUAAUGAGGAAGCAUGGUUUCGUGUUUUCUGGUACGUAUAAAUGGAAAGGUAGUCGAUGUGAUUCGUCAUAA